AUCACGAACGAGAUCUCACGCCUCAGCCAGAAAACCAUGAACCUGAACGAACGCAUCAUCAGCACGCAACUGUUUGCGCAAACGAUCGACGAGACGGCCACCACGACCACCUCGGUGGGGAGUAGCGUCGGUCUGAGCGUUGGCUUUGUACCGUUCGUCGCGGCAGCAGCUACGGCCGGUUUGGCCGGUCCGAGCGGGACAACCGUAAUGUUACCAACCGACGCUACCACCUCCGGCUGUCCGGCUUCAUCUUCCGGGCUCGGGAAACAGAGUGCCGAAACGAUCCACCUAACAUCACCCCAUCAUCUACAUCCGCUCCAUUCGGGAGGCAGUGGGAGCAGCAGUAGUGUAGUCACAUCCGGGACACUAGUCCAACAGCCACAGCAACAUUCAACACCACCAUCAACUAGCAGAGCAGCGGGGAAAAGUCGUAGCUUGAGUACGGGUUCGUACAUCACCAAGGACUCUAGUGCACACUCGAGUGCCGAGCGGCUUACCAAAUCGAACAGCCACACAGAGGUGCACGUGAAUAGCGGGACAGCGGUAGCAUCAACUUCGAAAGACAGCGGAACCUCCAUAAUGCCACAGAACAAAUCGCUCGAGGAGGGCCGUUCGAUGAUCCCUUCGGCGAAAAGUUCACCACCCGUCCGGAAACCUAUACUGCGCAAAUCGAAGAAGAUCGUAAGGACCGAUUCGGAGUUCCUGAAGGGUAACAUCUACGAGAAGGAGUCGAGCGUGUCCAGCUCGCAGUACACACCGACACGCGAUCGACGACGGGAACAGUUUGCUGACUACCGCAGCAGUAAUCCAUCGUCCGAAACGCACAAAUCGACUGACGAAAGCUCAAAGAACAUAUCGACCGAUGAGAUCGACACCGUGUUCUCGGACACGAUGGAUCUGGAACAGAUGGAGCAGGACUAUCGGAUGCAUCUGAAGAACAAUCUGCAGCGGGAGUACAAGAGCGAUAGUGACACGCUGGACGAGGUAGGAAAGAAGCGAGCGCCGGACUAUAAUGCAUGGAAGAACCAAAGCUACGAGAACACGUUCGAUGUGUAUGGGAAGGAAAUUAGUGAGCAGACGGCAAACGGUAGAAGUCAUGCAGCGGGGAACGAUCGGACGGUGGUUGCGCCUUCGCCUAAAGGGGACGAUCAGCCAGAGCGUCCUUCUACCUCGACAGCACCCAAGCCGGAUCGACCCACGGAUCUCGAGCUUGGAUCGACGUCCGACGGUGGUGGGAAAUCGUCCGCUUCCUCCACGAACGAUGGUCCUUUUGGGCAUUUGUUCGAGAAGAAUUUGGGUCGGUUUAAGCGCAUGAACAAGCUGCUCAAAUGUAAACGCUUCAGUACAUCGGCACUGUACGAGAAGAAGUCAUCGGCGAGCGGAAGUGCGACCGCCUCGGACGGCAAACCAUCGUUUACUUCUCCGACGAAAAGCAUACCGAAUGCGGCACGAUCACCCGUCAAAUCGAUCCACUCGCAGUCGAAGGCGUCGAUCAGUUCUUCCAAAUCGUCGCUUUUCGGAAGCAAAAAGUCUGGCACUGGGUUCACUUUCAAAGGGAAACGGUUUCUCUUCACCGGCAAGACAUCACCCAAUAAAUCGAAGUCUAACAACGAGAUCAGCUACUAUCGUACCAAGUCGACCAAGAGCUCUAAGAAGGGUUCUGUGAAGAAUAAUAGUACGGCGUGCUUGAAUCUCGAAACGACCUGCACAUCUCCACUCUCGGAAGCGUUCUACAACACGACGGGAAGUGUCCGGUUGAGCGCGAUGGAGCUUUAUGAGAAGUUUUGCUCACAGGACUUUAGUGGACUCUACAAGCAUGAAACGGUACGAGCGGAUACGGACAGCCACGGGAGCGGGACGGACUCGAGUCACUACGAUUCGCAUCGACAUCUGGGCGCGAUAAGGAAGUACCGACGGCGCAACUUUAAGCUAUUGCGGCAGAAAAGUGAACCCAAGUUUUCGUUUCGUACUGAUACGCUGUACGAGGAUAGCUAUGAUGGGGUGUGCUAUCAUGACGAGAAGGACGAGGAGGAAGAGUACGGCACGGAGGACUACAAUCAGUUCCUGUACGAUGAGCAGUACUAUGAGGAGGACAUUGAGCAUUACAGUAUCGAGAAUAUCUACUACCAGCGGAAUGGGCUGAUAGCGCUACCCGAUGGCAGUUACGUGCAGCGGUAUCCUUAUCGCAUGGAAGACGAGGAAGGUGAUCAGGACGAGGAGGACGAGGAAGAGGAAGAGGAGGAGGAUGGUGAGGAGGAAGAAGAGGAAGAAGAGCUGGGUGAAGAGGAUGAUUAUCAGGGUGAGGAAGAGGAGGAAGAGGAGGAGGAGGAGGAGGACGAGGUGGACGAGAACGAGUUCGACGAGGAGGACGAAGAUGAGCUGGCGUUGGAAGAGGAAGAAGAGGAACGGAGACGGUUGCAGCGGUUACAGCUACCCCCACCGAUCGAGCUCGUCGCCUCGAUGGAUUCGGACUGCGAUGAGAUCUAUCUGAUGCCGCAGAACGAAUCCGAAAGCAAGAAGCUGAUCAUUCAGGACUUUCUGUUUCACCGCAGCAACGACUUUGAGGCGAGCGUCAGCGGGGACGAUUACGAUAUUGCCGAGGUGGACGAGGAAGCGGAAGAGGAGAAAGAGUGUGUGGCGCUGGAAGAAGAAAGGGAGGAACAGAGGGCGCGUGUGGAUCCGAAUGUCGGACAGCAGGAGGAAGACGACUUCGAGGAGGACUUCCGGAUGGAGCGAUACGCCGCGACGGACAAGGAAACGCUUACGAUCUACAAGAUCUGCUCGAAGGAAAGCAUACUGGAGUCGAUGCGGGGUGAAACUCCGGACCGACCGUCCGAUAAUCUACCGCACAGUGCCUCGAUGGAGCAGUACUUUCUCAAGUCGGACUGCGUGACAACGCUCGAACGGACGGCAUCGUUGGAUCUGCUGAGCAACUCGAGUGGGACGCUUAACAAAUCUACCCUGACGGACUACGCGUUCGAUACGGUGCGCAAUAUGAAUCUGGAUAGCUGCAGUACCUCCCGGUUGAGCCUGUCGCUCAAGAGCGAGAUCUUCGAGGACACGACCAAUGGAGGAGGUUCCGGUGGAGGUCCUUCGAUGGCAGCGGAUCCGAUGGCGAUCGGUGCACUGCAGGACGCUGCGUCGUGUGGUACAGAAUCAGUGGAAGCAAGCUCUGAAGUUCCUCGUAUUAAAAGCUGGAACAUUGAAGACUUUACCCUAACGCCCGAGGAAUCCUUCUCCGAUGAACAGCUCCCACUGGACGGACCGAGUGAUGCGGUGAAAGUUGCAGAACUGCUACAGGAGCGCUGUGCGGAUAGCUCCACCGUACAGGACCCGAUCGUGCUCGAUCACCACAACGGUACGGCCGAGUACACGAUCGUCGAUCUAGACGAGGAGCCGUACAUGCUCGAUCCUACCAUUUCCGAAUUUACUUCGGAGAUCACGAAAGAGUUCGACUUGUUGUUUUCCCGCGCCGAAACGGAAUCCUUGCAGGCGGCAGCAGCUGCCGCAGUAGAGACUGCACCUGUACCAACUCAACCACCCGAAGGACCUUCACAGCUUGGGGACGUCCUUAAGCUACUGAGCGAUCUUCCAACGCGCUACUCCAUGCAGAUGCUCGAACACAUCAACCUCGACUCGGACGACAUUUGUAUUCCGGUUGGCCGGGAGGAAGAGAACGGUCCAGCUCCACCACCACCAGCAACCUCGUCCGUUCCCGCAGCCCCAUCACCGAACUCUUCCGUCCCGAACCCUCCCCAACCGCCAGAAAGUGCCAAACCGCGAACACCACUCGAGCAGCCGAGCGGAAGCGGACCACGAUCGUCCACGAAGCUGAAGCUACGGUCAACCCAUUCGACCGGUGCGACCCGAACGACUGCAACUACACCGACGGCGGCGGCGGCGGCGGACCUGGAUGCCUCCUCGACCAUCGUCGCCAUCGUGGUGCCACCGGAGACCGGAGCGAUCGCACGCAGUAGCAGCAGUGGCAGUGGAAGCGAUCGACUAAAGAAGGCCCGCAGCCAGUCGUUAGGUAACUUACGAAAUAAAACCAAAUGUUUUCCAUUAUAGAAGUUAAGUAACACUGUAACAAUAAUCCUUACACUAUGGGUGCUGCCAGUAGUAGUGUAGUUGGCAGCGCACGCGAGGUAACGCCAAGGUUCACACUGCACGUAGACGGGCAAGAAGGUGGGUAGGUGGGCAGGUGGUGUCGAUGGUGACCAUUUCGACCCCGUCGCCCCCUUCCGUUACGUUGCAGUUCGUUUUAUCCCGUUUGUAGGUCGUUGUUGUGUCGGACGUGAUCGUGUAGAGUUUAGAGGAGUAGCUAAAGUCUAGACGAUAUUUUUUAUACGAUACGAUCCCGCUUUCCCCGAUUUGACGUUCGUCGGCGUGGAUCGUUCACCCAUCAGUCCUUCCCUUUCCCAGUGCUAAUCGGUGGCGAACAGCCGUGUCCAUCCGGCGCGUCUCGUAUUUAUACACAGAUUCUACCUAAGAUUAAUCUAGAGUAACAAAUUGUCUAGCCAAAGGUGUAAUGUCGAUUGUUGUAGUAAGUGAGGAAUCCAGUCGGUAAAGAGAGAGAGUGAGAGAGAAAGGUAGAGAUCCUCGUCAUUUUAGAAGUAAACACCCCCCCCCCCCCCUUAUUCGCAUCCCUCUACUCUCGCCUACAGAAAUCCUUUUCCAACAGAAAGAGUUGGAGUACUUGCUGAUGCUGCCUGUAUUCUACCUUCUGCUAGCCUUUUCAGUUGGCCUCCGUCUGUCUUUUCUAAGUGGAGCCAGCUUUUUGGAAUUGUUUUCUCAAAGCAGGAACAGGAGUUGGAUGUUUGAAUUUGGGAUUUUUUUUUAAAUCGAAAUAUUGGAUAGACAGGCAAACUAGCUAGUGAGAAUGGAGUUGAGGCGGUGAAAAAACGGAACGUUGGAAAACAGUAGAUAGAUCACAUAGACAAGGUGGAAAAGGAUGUUUUUACCGGGAUGGCGCUAGACGCCCCGGGUUGGUAGGUUGAUGCAAAAGUUUUCUAUUCCGAUGGGACCACGAUAACGAGAAGGAGACGGAUUUUGUUUGCUACUUACUACUCGCGGGAGAGCUCGUUUAUAUUUCCACGGUAAACGUUGUAAACACACAAUAACUUGUUGUAAACUUGUACUAAACAUACUACUACUAUAGAGGGCGCUAUCGCGUAAGAAUUCGAUAUCGUUUUGUAAACACACACACACACACACACACACACAUUUGCCUUUGUUAUUGAUAUAUACACACACACAGACAGAGAUUCGGAACACUCUGCCGAAGAAGUUCGAAGUUAUUCCAUUCGAUCUCCAGGUCCGAUGUCUUUCGUCAGGAAAAAGGGAAUUAGUAAACAGUUGAUUGAACUCUACAUCUUCCUACGGUAUAAGUGUGUGUGUGAGAGUGUGUGAGAGAGAGAGAUCCUCUGUUAAAUGUUAUGUAAGUGAUCGUGUAUCGAUGUAAUAGACACUAAACUAGACUGUACUAAACUCAGUGUGUAAAAGGAGAAUCGGAAGAUUGUAAAUCUCACCACACUCGUAAUCGUAAUCGUAAAUCCAACCCCAAAUGUAUAGAUAAAAUACUAAACACAAACACACAACAACAACAACAACAACAAAAAAACUUGUAAAUUGCAAACCGAGCAAAAAGAUGAAACGUUCUAAAACUUCAAUAGGCUAAACCCAUUCUAGCGAAACUGCAAAACGACCGCUCACCGCUAGUGGUAGCGUCAUUGUAAGCUGAUCGGACUGGGACAAGCAAAACCAUAUUAAGUCACGUAAUAGGUAAGGAACUUUGUACAGGCAAUAUCGAUAUUAUUUAGAGCGGAAAAUCACCCGAAUGAACCCGUUAUUGUUGAUGUUAUUCCACUAACUUCGAUCGGUUGGAGAGAGUUUUUGCUUACCAUUUGUUAGACAUUUUAAAUUUAAAACAAAAUGCGGGAUGUUAACAUUGCCCUCCAAGGGAGCGCGUUCGGUUUCGUAUUUGAAUCCUUUCGUUUUCGCCUCUUUUAAGUCACUCUGUUGAUCAUUGUUUUUUGUACUUUUAUCUCUUCAUUUCAUUUUUUUUAAAUCACUGUAAAAAAUCUACUAUUAAGGUUUAGGAUAAAAUGAUACUUGGCGAACAGAAAAAAAACAAACUGAUAAAAACCGAAAAAACCGUGAUACAGUUUAAAUGUUUGAUGGAUGAUGCAUGUGCACCGGCGUCCCCAGCAAGCAACAAUGUGUACGUAUGUGUGUUUGUAUGUGUGUGGCAUGGACUAAGUCUAGUGUAUUUGUUGAUGAUAGUAAUUUUUAAACGACGACAGCAAGUCCAGCGUCUAGAGCGUAGAUGCUUCAAUGUAUGUGUGAGGGGUUUAGGUUCGGUAUUUGUUAGCUAUGGCGUGUUGCAAACCGAUUGUUGUUGGGGACAAAAACGUUUAUUUUAAUGGUCGCCAUUCCCUCGGGGGAUUGAAGAGAGAUCGUAUCUUCUUUUGUUUUGGAGGGGGGGCAUGUGUUAGGAAAUUUAGAAAAUGGCGUACCCCUUGGAAGGAGCAAACUUCUGCAGUGGUGGGGGAAACUUUACUAGCAUUAUUCUAUAAGCGGAAUUCGAUGGGUAAAAGGAAAAUGAAAGUUAACUGAACCAAAACAAAAAACACACACACACAAACAGAACAACUAAGAAGCACUAGUACGUAAUGUGUAGAAGAACCCCUUCCCCUUGCUCGAUCCUUGCCAAGCGAGAUUCGUGCGGAGGUUUUUGAUAGUCUUUGGCAUUAUAUUUCCCUGUUUGGCCAAUUUACUUACCUAUUUUUGUCCUCCUCGACACUCCAAAGCCGCGUGGGUGUUUUUUGGAAAGCUUUUCUCCUACCAAUCUAAAGAGUGUUUCGGUGUUUUUGGUAUUUGCCUCCGAUUCAUAGCUUUUUAGAGCAGGACAGUAUUUUCCAACAAACGCCUAUACACUCUCUUUCGAACCAAUCUUACAAACAGAACCGGUGGGCUGCUGCUGUUUUUUUUUUUUUUGCAUAAAAUAAAAUUCGGAGCAAGACUCCGCCCACGCUCUUUACACUUAAACAAUCGAAUGGCCUUAGAUUUGGAUGAGAAGCGCUACGGGGAGCGAUUUAUUCACGGUGAUCAGGGAUUAUUAGAACAGGCGGUGGCGCGCAGUGUCUGCAAAGCGGACGCCUAUUCGAUCACUGUGCUCGAUCGUGUAGGAUUUUUGUGUGCCGGCGUGCGUGAGGAAAAGGAAUUGAGGAAUGAUGAGUUGAGGCAGGCUCCCAGCUCUACCCUUAUUUGUAUGCCCUCCUCUCUCUCUCCUUCUUUAUACAUAUAUUUGCUAAGCUCAAUGUGCGCAUUCAUGUGUUCAACGCAACAACCAAAACGGCGGCAUGUCGCAGUUUCGGUAUGGUUGCGAGUUUUUUCGUUUCGUUGUUAGCUGGGAAGAGAUUUUAAUAUAAAGCGACAGGCAGAUAGUGUGUAUGUAAAUCGAAAAAUAAUAAAGAGCAUAUAAAUGAACGUUUAAAACCAAAAUCCACUGUCCAUGGAGAAUCUAAGCGUGUAACGUCUGGCGGACUCCUCAUGUAACCCUUGCAAUGGAUAGAAAGGUGGAAUUUAAAAGAGUAAAAGCUAGUAUAAAAUACCAUAACCGCUAAAUUAAAAACCAAAAAACACACACACAAAAAGCUCGAUAAUUGUUAAGUAUAAACGUGAUAAAACAUACAGACACGCAGACAAACACACACACACACACACACACACACACGACAUAAACCAAGCAUUAUUUGUUGUAUUUAGUAGACCCAUACUACCAUGAUGCCACUGUUUGAAUGUUAAUGAAAAAAAUAUGGGAAAAACAGCUCCGGAUCCGGAUGACUCAAAUUAACCGAAGAAAAGUAGUAUAGCAAAAAUUGAUUAAGUUUGAAAAGGGGUUCAGAUGGUUUCGGUUCGAACAGUACAGGCAAUCGAAGCCAAAGAGUCGCUACUACCGCACAUCCCGAACGUAUCGGGACGGGAAUGAAUAAAACAAAACAAACACCUGGGGUGGUAAAACUAUGGCGUAAUACCGUAUGUGUAGAUGUCGUUGUUGAAAACAGUAGAUAAAUUAAACGUGGAAAAAACGAGAGGCGAAGAUAAUAAUAUCCAUAUGUGGGAUAGCGCAGGGAUCCUUUUCCCAUGGUCGGAUACUGUACACACCUGUUGAAUUGUACUGGAAGGCAGCACACACAUUCACAUUACAACACAAAAUCCGCAACCCUCGGCCGGUGUGAUCGUGACUGAUCGUGAAGCAUCGAUUUUAUAUGAGAAAAAUAAUCAUUCGGUCCGCUACUCACCCGCACAAACUUCACUAGCGCAGGACGAAGCGUGUACUUGUUAACUAGUAAGAAUGUACAAUAUCAUCCUCUUUGUGAGUUGAAUAAUUUACAUGUUGUUACGUUACAUUUUGGACCUUGUGUUUUACUCAAGACCCGCUUGUGUACAGCGAUUAGGGCUGUUGGCGUAUUCAAUUCUAACCACGGUGUAUAGUGCGCAUAGAGGUAAAAGCAAUAGCAAAACACGUGUACACUAUCACCAACCAAACAAACAUACACACACAUUCAAACAAACAAAGGGUGCGUAAAACAAUAUCAACGGUAUAUAAGUUGGAUACGACAAAAAGAAGAGAAAAAAGAUUGUAUGUUGUAUGUUUCCUCUGCUCCGUUUCUGUUACCCUCUUUGUAUAAUCCCAGAGUAUGGAAAUUAUUUUUAUAUUUGUGGAUACCAAAUACAUCCCGAACAUCCAGAAAUAAAACAUCGUUGGAAUAUAAAA